UUGGCAGGUGCCCUCAAGGACUUUAACCAACUGGAGGCGGCACGCGCCCGUCGGGAGCACUGGCAGCAUUACGUGACCUGCGAUGAACUGCCGCGACCGUUUGAUCCCUGCGAGAUGCGCACUUUCCUAGUCAAAAGACGUCACUUUGAGGACAUUGAAACGGACAAAGCUGUAGACUGGACACUGUCGGUGGACGAGCGCAGUGUCCUCAAUCAGAAUAUUUUAAGAGAGGAUCGCACACGAGCAGCGUUGCAGAAAAAGCUGGGCGCCAGCCCGGGCGUGGCCUUCGACAGAGAUGUGCAGAUGUGCCUCGACACACUGAAGAAUAUCGAAUUGAUGCUGGACAAUCAGGCCGAGGUGGAGCGAAUGAGUAUGGAGACGCAGCUGGAGGUGUUUGAGGUUCGCAGCGACAUCGAGGGGGAGAUCGAGAGCCUCUUCGAUCGUCUCACCUAUCGCAUAUUGGGCAUGCAGCCCGUCUACAUGCAAACUGUGGAUGCCAGGGAGGCCACGUGGAGCUACAAGUGCAAGCCAUGGACUAUGGAUAUCUGGGGUCUGCUGAACGCACCCGUGCGCUUCGAUCAAUUCGACAUACCGGCAAUGAUGGCCGAUAUGAGCGCCACGGGCGUCAUGGUGCAGAUGCCGCUGAGUGUGCUGAAGGACUGCCUCACCCUGCGCUGUGUCCACACCAGUUUCGAUAGCUACUCGCAAAAGGCCAAGAGCUAUGAGCCCGUGAUACCCGAGCAAGUCAACUACCCCAACGCUGGGAUAGUGGAUAUCGAGGAGUCGCUGGUGAAAGAAUGGCACAUGCAGGCGGAAAUACAGGAGCAGGCGCUGGCAGCGAUGAUUCAAAAGCGCCAGCAGUACCUGGAGCUCUUGGUGCUGAUUGAGGAGCGGACGGAAAUGGCAGCCAAACGGGCGAAGGAACAAACCCAAAGUCAGGGCAAAAACAAGCAACCAAAGGUUGUGGUGCCCAAGGCACCAAAGGAGGCGCCCGAGGUGCUGCCAGGCAUGUAUCCCGACACCCACGGAGACUUCCUGCAGCAGGAGGAGAGCCAGUACAAGGAAUAUCUCGAUGAGGUCUACCAUCCGCACAAGCUAAAUAUGACCGCCGACGAGAUUAAUCUCAGGCAGUACAUAAUGCUGGGUGGCAUCUAUUCGAUCAUGUUUGUGCGUCGACCGACGCAGGUGCAGUUCCAGAAGUUCAAUCUGAUACUCCAUGAGGAUCGGCGGAUUCUGCACACGAUGCCGGAUGUGGUAGCCGAGAUGGGCGGCGGCCGCUUGAUGCCAGAGUUUCGUCGCACACAAAUAGCGGAGAGCCGCAAGCAGACGCCGGCCACGUCGCGCAUGCGCCUGACCACAGCGCUCGAUGCGCGCCAGAGCAGCAUUAGGCUGCAUGACAGUGAGCUGCCGUACUUCAAUGUGACGCUGCAGCUGCCCGUGGAGCUGUGCAAGUGGAGUGAGCCUCGCGUCUGCCAGUAUGUGACGGACAUGGUGCCCAUUGACGAGUUAGCCGCCUUCGAGCGCGCCACUGAAGUUGCCGAGAGUCGGCUCACCAGACGCAUCAAAUCCAAGGCCGCCAGUAGGACUACAACGGCGGAUCGUGAACGUAAAACUGGCAGCGAACCAUCCAAUAUCUUUCGCCCCUCCCAAUUGUCGGUGCUGCGGCAGAGCAGACUGGAACGAAUUUCCACGAUAUACGCCCCAAUGGUCAACUAUAAUUUGGAGAAAAUUUUAACCCUGCCGGAACUGAGGAACCUGCAGAAAUACUCUGUUGACCGCAUUAUAUCCUCCUUCCAGCUGCCCAGGGACUUCUUGGACGAAGACCAGGAAUUGGAGGAGCAGCAGAAAGGAAAGGGGGGCGUCUUGAAAAAGAUACGCGCCCAUGAGAACGAGGAAAUUGUCGAGCGGCCAAUUCGGGAAUUUGAAUUCAAAUCGCAGUUCAAGCCAGAGCGCAUUUUUCCCUUCUUCGAGAAUGCCGAGCGUUACAUGUGCACGCAGGAGAAACCGGAGGACAAAUCACUGCACGGGUUCCUCAAUACCCUGGAGAAUAUCAAAACGCAAUACCUGACACGGCCCCACGAUCUGCUGAUACAGUGUGGCAUUGAGGCCAAGGAUCCUAAGGAUAAAAAACCUGCAGCUGAAACAAGAACGACGAAGCAUUUUUCUCGACGCGGCACAACAUAUCCAGUGAAAAAGGGCAAGCCUGCCGGCAGGCCGAUCGACAUGGGCAUCGGCGAAGAUACCGACAGUUCCCGCAGUAGCCAACCGGAGGCCGAUGUUCCAAUGCAGGAGCUGAUACACUGGACCACAAAGCAUAUCAUCAAAACCAUAUUCGACCGAGAGGCCAACACAAUCACCUUUCGGACAGAUCGUUUGGGUGUCUUUGGCUUGGCAUUCAAGCGCUACGAGCACUUCCCCUUCGGCGACUGGUCCCUGCAGCCCAACGAGGAGAAUCCCGAUGAGAUGAUACUCCAGCUGGACACGCACCAUGUGCGCGUCUUUCUCUACAUUACAGCGAAGGGGGUGCGUGGCUAUGUGACCGAUUUAAGCACCGCUUACACUGCCAAUCCUGUUAAGUAUUUAGAAAUCGUAGAACCCCUAUCCGACUUUCGCGACUUGCGCAAGAUUUUUGUGGAGAAGAACAUCAACAUUUUUGCGGAGAAUGAUGCCAGUUUCUACAUUGAAAAGGGCUACUUUAGCAUUAAGCAUGUGGCCGCAGAGCAGCACAUCUACGAUGUGAUGGCCCUCCACUGUAAGCUGAUGAAAUUCUAUCGAUCCAGCUGGAAUCGCCUGGCCUCUCGACGCGACAUUAUUGUGGGCAUGAAGAAUGCCAAGGAUCUGUCGGACUAUACCGAAGUAACGGUGCGCUUAACACCAGACAGUGCCACAUUCGUGAAGGUAUCGGAGCUCUGUUCGGACGAUAUAAAUGUCAUUCGGUUGGAGUAUGAGAACACAUGGCGGAAUGUGAGCAACUUUACGGAUCUGCAUCAGGCCAUAUGCUCGAUGAAUGCCAAUGCCUUGGAUGUGUGCAAUAGAGAUACGCUUCUGCUGUACUACAUACGGCGUAUGUUGGGUGAGAUUCGUAUAUUGAGUUAUUCUUAGUUUGGUUAUAGGUUAGUUACGUAUAGCAAAAAGUGUGCCCUAAAAACAUACACACAAAAAUCAAAUCAAAUAAAAUAAAACAAAUUGUUUUUGUACAAAAAUGUGGCUGCUGUCAGUUGAAUAAUUCACACUCAUAAUCCGUACACUCGUACACCCACAUCGACACAACAACGACACGGGGAUUGUAAACAGAAAAAAACCAAAAACCAAAAAACAAAA